AUGUCGGUUCGAACUACUGUCCUUGAGAAUGGAAGAUGGGUCACUAGAAACGUGGACCCCUACCAUGUAAGAGCCCAAAAUGCAGAAACGCCGCGCAAAGAACGGAGUCAGCCGUCGAUCAGUAUUCCAAAGACGCCUUCUUUAGGAAUCCUUACGAAGACUCUGGUCAGAAGUUCCGUCAUCAACCGGAUUAUCCCUGCGAGAAUACGGCACAAGACGAAGAACGACGUGCUCUUUAUAUCGGCAAAUUCAGUAACAAUCAAAGAAGCCAAAGCGGACUACACUUUAAGAGAAAUAGCCACCAAGAGUGACUUUGACUCAGCAAUCAAGUCCGCUAGAGUAAUCGGAGAGCGAAGGGAGCUGACAAGACACGACUACAGCUAUAGAAAGCUCAGGAAGGAGGAGCGUUGGGAUGAUACCCACACUAACAAACAUAACGAUUUGGUCCCGGAAGAAAAUCUUCCGGAUCGUGCUCCCCUGUACCGACGAGAGCUUCCACCUCAUAUCCUCGUUCUAGCUUUGGAGUCGAACAGGCUUGUGUUCUUGUGUGCAGUCAGUGGAGAUUUGGAGCAUGCUGAACUUUUCUGGAGUCAGAAGGCGUUGCCAGCUCCGACCUCGCCUUUGCAACGCCUUGGCGAGCAUAUUGCUGUCGAUCCGAAGUCCCGAGCAAUGGCUGUUGCUGCUCACGAAGACAGAGCUUACGUAUACGCUUUGAAGCCAAUGAACGAGAUGAGAGCAGAGUUCAAGGAGAAGUCUCAGCUUGGGCCGAUCAAAGAAGAAAAGCUCAUCUUGCUGGGCGGAAGAAUUCUGAAGAUGGAAUUCCUCCAUCCGCCGGAGGACGAGCCAAACCAAAUUAUUCUGCUGUUCGUUGUCGCAAGGGAUCGCCAAAGUUGGUUGUUUUGGUACGACUGGAACGCUGAUAUGCCUUUGCACCUGUCUCAGCCGAGGCCAAAUAAGAUAGCUUUGCAUCCAGACGAACAGCUGCCCUUACUUCUGAUACCUCUUAUGAAAAACAGUGCAUUUAUCAUGGUGUGUGAGAAACGCCUGGUCUUGAUCAAGGAUAUCUUGACGGGGGGUUGCCACCGGUUCUUACAUCGCCUCGCCGUUGAGCAAGAGCCUCAAGAACCUGGCGUUUCUACGAGGCGGCCACUUUGGGUUCAAUGGGCAAGACCAAUGAGAUCCAAGAGGAAGAGGCCUAACGAAGACAACAUAGUCUUAUGCCGAGAGGACGGGAUUGUGCAGUAUGUGGUGAUUGAUCAUGGUCUCAAAGAGAUGAUCGACAGCAACCACAACGUUGGCAGACUCGGGGUCAACAUCAACACAUCAUUUGCGACUGUAGAUAUUGGUCUUUAUACAGAGGAUGUGCUGAUCGCAGGCGGCGACGAAAGCGAUGGAGGUCUGUGGAGCUUUCCACCCCGUCAGAAAAGUCCCAAUCAGCGAGGUACUUUACCAAAUUGGACGCCGAUCAAUGAUUUCGCUAUUGCCAAUGUUCCGAUGGACCGACAGAAUGCAGGGAUCACAGUUGCAGCAAACAACGCCUCAAAGGGACAACAACGGCUGUUCGCAUGCUCCGGCAGAGGAAAACACGGCGCGAUCUCAGAGAUACGCUACGGAGUGCAAGCAUCGAAGAAAAUCAGCACAGUACCUGAUCUUAUCGAUGAAUUGAAAAAUGGGUUGUUUGGAAUUUGGGCCUUGCACGGCUUCUACGGAAACACAGACGAGCAAGACAGGCAAGACAAUUAUCUGGAAGACGUCACAUAUAUCAUCUUGUCUCACCCACUGCGAACUUAUCUUCUGCGAGUGUGGCUGAAGCAAGAACCAGAACCCACUAGCGAUGAUGUAGGCCUGCUAGACGCUGAUUAUAAACUCAUUGACCAUGAUGUGGGUCUUGACCUCAACGCUAGGACGAUCGCUGCAGGGCGCACAAAUCGAGGCCUCACUAUUCAAAUUACAGAAACCUCUCUUAUGGCCACAUCAUUGCCUUCGCCACCGUCGAACGACAAAGAGAUUAAAGAAGAGGAUAUGGAGGACACAAAGCCGGACAAAAAUCAACUUGACGCCGAGAGAUAUGAGCCAGGAUCUAAGUAUCCAUUUGGAGACUCGCGGAUUCUGGCGGCCUGUAUACACACAACUGCGGACAACACCAUUAUUGUUUUCGCUACCCAACGGAAUGGACAGUUUUAUCUAGAAUCUGGAAAUUUUGCCAAUGAAUAUCAGCAUUUGGAUCAACAAAUACCGCUUCACGUACAACCAUCCUGCCUCUCUGUGCUGGAAACCGGAAAAGAACUUCUCGUACUCGUUGGUACUCUUGCGGGAGAGCUGGAUAUCUAUCUGCCGGCCAACAUUGGCUCCGGGCUCCUGAACCCUGCUACUACCAUUCACCAUACUUUUGCCGGUCCCUUUGGUAUAUGUGAUAGUAUCGCUAUCAUCGCAAGAGCCACGAGCAAAGGGGUACAACCGCUCCUUGUCUGUGGCCUCCGCGAUGGCACUGUGGAAACAUUAAAUCUGAGCAAGGAACUGGCUUUCGGCCAUACUUCCGUGGCUGUCCUUAAGGACACAACGGCCAAUAGAGUCGUCAUCCAUUGCGAGAACACUUUAUGCACCCUAGAAUAUCCCCAAAAGGACGAUAAAGCACCCGCGACGGUGCUCAACGUGUGGAUAACAGACCCAUGCAAACCUUCACUUCAGCAAGGUAAAAUCUCUGCAAUCAGUCAAGUUGUGGAUUCAUGGUUGCCCGGAGGAACCCCUGGAUUCACCGCUGAAUCUUUCGUUUGCAUGGAUGGCAAUAAACUCCAUACGAUCUCUCUCGAUUCGCAGCCAAAAAUGGUUCCUCGCCGUCUAGAGCUUGGUGGGAGUCCUGUUAGAGUGUUAUAUUCAAAACGCCUGGAUAAGCUCAUUGUUCUCCACAACAAGUUCGAAGUUCUUCGGUCUGCUAGACAAAUCCAUGGGCGACCUAACGUCCGAGGCAAGCGUGCUCUGCGCCCGAUGAUCUCGUUUCUGGACUCGGAUGUUGACCCAGUCGCCGGGCUUGAUCCCGAUGCAAUGGACAUUGAUGAUGGGGAAGAGCCCAAAGACAAUCAAGCGCUCAUGAUAUCGGAAUGCAAACCAGGCGAGAAGUUCCUUGGUAUGACCGAGUGGUUCCCUAUAGUUGGCGUCAACGAGUACCAUAUGUUGGUCAUUAACACCAUGUUGACCCGGGCACAAAAGCCAGUCGGGCGGUUACUCUUCUUCGCAAUUACCAAGGAAAGAAGCAAUCAGCCUCCAAAACUUGUCACAAAGAAAGCGAUUGAUACGGAUGAACCUGUGUAUUCUGUGGCUAUAUACCCUGACAAGUCGCUCGUCUACUGCUGCGGAAACGAUCUAUACAUGCAGUCUCUCGGGGUAGCUGAUCCAUCUCGGAUCAAUUGGCAAACUCCAGUCAAAGUUGCAAUGCGGUCACCGGGAAGGCAUAUAACCGUGAAAGAGCCAUACAUAUAUGUUUCAAGCAGUCGUGAGUCGUUGUCAGUAUAUCGGUGCGAUGCUGGUCAGCUGAUCUACCAGUUCGGGGAUCAGUCCGCUCGAUGUGGUUUACAUCAUCUUCAGUUGCCCACCCACUCACUUGUUCUAGCUUCGGAUAUGUCAAAUACAGUCGUAGGACUAUGGCAGCCUCCCGAGCGAAGGAUCGAUAAUGCGAUGACUACAGUGUUUGAGGCUGUGUUGCAAGGGUCCAUAACCCGUCUCAGACACGUCAGUCGUCCGAUAUGGUCUCACGAUCCUCGUAGUUCCCUUGAAAGCAAUGGGAACAAGCCCGUCAACUCUUCACCACCAGGGGAUGAAGUAAUACUCGGCUCCUCCGCAGAUGGUACUCUGACUCAAAUGUCUAUCCUUUCUAGCAUUGAAUGGCGCUUCCUUCGCUUCACUCAAAACAUGGCCGAGCGACACCCCAUAAUCUGCCCCUUCCACCCAGGCAAGCCCCAUCGAAGACACAUCGAGCCUUCGGCUGCCCGACCGCAUUACAUGCAUAUCAACGGGGACAUACUCGAACGAAUAGUCGAUCGAGGGGGCGAAGGCCUGUUGAACGACAUGCUAGAUGUGGAACCGGACCAUGAAAGCCACACGGACUUUGGGUCUAAGGAAGAGAGGAGGGAGAGGUUUGAGGAGUUGGCGAAGGCAGUGCUGAAGGACGUGGAGAAGGGCGACGUGUUGGGAAGGGUGGUACUGUGGCUUAGGUACCAAUUGCGGAAUGCGCUUUAG